GAAUAAAAUAUAGUGGAAGGUGUUCUGUUUGCAAACUACUGUGAUAUAGCCGAGUGACAGCUUCGCCACUUAUCAGUUCUUUGAGAAGGGAAUGCCAUUGCACAAGUAUCCUCCAGCAAUAUGGGAUGCUUUAAAGCUGAAGGAAGGUAUCUACGCACGUCUGCCAGAACAUUAUCGCCUUUCUUUACUAGAAAAACGCAAACCAUCUCCUGUGCACUGGAAACAACAUGGGCUUAAAUUUUGUCUGAGUCCAAAGUCAGGACAGAGGGAACGUGUUCAAGAUGUACCCAUUCUGCCAUAUUUUCCUCCCGAGGCAGACAAAGGGCUUUGGGGAGGAGAAGGAUGGGUCACUGGCUACCGAUAUGCAAAUAAUGAUAAGCUGUCUGCAAGAGUAAAAAAAGUCUGGAAGCCUCAGCUCUUUACAAGGGAGUUACACAGUGAGAUACUGGAUAAGACCUUUUCCAUCACAGUGACCAUGAGAACUUUGGACCUUAUUGAUGCUGCGUAUGGAUUUGAUUUUUAUAUCCUAAAGACCCCAAAAGAAGAUUUAAACUCAAAAUUUGGAAUGGAUUUAAAAAGGGCUAUGCUCAUGCGUCUUGCAUCAAGAGACCCAAAUCUUCAUCCCAAUGAUCCAUCAAAGAGAGAUCAUAUGUAUAACAAAUAUAAGGAAUUUGUAAUUCCAAUGGAGGAAGCAGAAUGGGUGGGGUUGUCUUUAGAAGAAGCUAUAGAAAAGCAGAGACUGUUAGAAAAGAAGGAUCCAACACCUCUUUUUAAAGUGUAUGUGGAGGAACUUGUAAAACAGUUUGAAACUCGGACGCUAGCAGAAGCAGCCAUUACAGUGAAAAAAUCCGAAUGAAAACUUUAAAUUAUAUCUACAUUAGAGUUUUUUUUUUUUUUUUUUUUUUUUUUUUUAAAAUACCACUAUGGCAAACACCACAGUCAACUAACAAAUUUUAAAAGCAGAAGAAGCACUCAAAAGUACUGUUUGUUUCUCUCCCAAUCUUAAUUCUAAAUUUGCAUUUGAACCGGCUUUUAGAUGCCCCUUUUGCUUUUAUUUAUGGUGGUCAUUACACAGUGGAGCUUAGGAGAGUAAUACUUUCCUGGCUUCUUGUCUGGAGUCAAAUAAUCCAUUGAACAAAUAUAAAAAAAAAAAUACUGGCACUUACUGUGUGUUUUUUUUUUUUUUUUUUUGCUGUAUAUUGAGCUACAGAGACUCAUGAUAUAUAUACACCAUUUACCUUUUCUUUAUAAAAUGAAAUAAUUCUGUACUAUGUAUGAAUAUUUGUUCAUUAAAUAAUUUAUGAAAAA